AUGAAGGUAGAUCAUUUAGGUGCGGUAAAAGAACGACUACAUGAUCAAAGAGUGCUUAUCAUUCUUGAUGAUGUAGAUGAUUUAGGGAAGUUAGAGGUAUUGGGUAAAGAGAUUUGUUGGUUUGGUAAUGGAAGUCGGAUCAUCGUUACCACAGAAGAUAACAAGAUUUUGAAGGCACAUGGGAUGGGAUUGAAGAUAUCUACCAUGAUAAAGGAUAGGUUAAUCAAAAACGUUUUAAGAGUGGGAUAUGACAGACUAUUGAUAAAGGAUCAGGCUCUAUUCCUUCACAUUACAUGCUUCUUCAACAAAAACCGUGUUGAUCGUGUGACAAGCAUGCUAGCUGACAGUAAUUUGGAUGUGGAAAAUGGGUUGAAUACACUAGCCGUAAAGUCUCUCGUCCAUAUAGACUAUGAUUAUAUGGAUACUCAAGGGUCGUUAAUGAUGCACCGUCUGCUACAACAAAUGGGUAGACAAGUAGUUCUUGAACAAUCAAAUGAGCCUGGGAAACAUCAACUUUUAUUGGAGGCGGAAGAGAUUUGUGAUGUACUAGCUAAUGAAACAGGCACUGGAUCUGUCAUAGGAAAUUCAUUUGAUAUGUCCAAGAUUGGCGAAUUUUCUAUGAGAGGGCGAGUAUUAGAAGGAAUGCGGAAUCUCCGGUUCUUCAGAUUACACAAUGGAAAAGCUUGCUUGCUGAACCCCGAAUGCCUCGUUGAGCUCAAUAUGGAAUCCAGCAAUCUCAAAAAGCUCUGGGAAGGAAUCCAGCCCCUUACAAAUCUCAAGGAGAUGAAUUUGAGCGAUUCGUGUAGGUUGAAAGAAAUCCCAAAUCUUUCCAAGGCUACUAAUCUCGAGACAUUGACACUUAAUUUUGCACAAGUUUGGUGGAGCUUCCCUCAUCUUUUAGGAAUCUACAGAAACUGA